AUGCAGAAGCGCUGGACCACCAACGCCAUUUACCCUCAAGAGCGAGACCACGUCUUCUUCAUCAACACCACUGAGGGCAACGCCUCCUUGGCUAGCUUGCUCACCACCAAGCGGGGCGGAGUGGCGAGCCGCAGCUACGUCCUGGCGCACGGAACUCCCGGUGGCGGCAAGACCACUCGCCUACUUCAACUGCGCGACCAGCUCGCGAACGAAGGCUAUGAGUGUGCCAUGAUCUCCCUUCAGGAAGGCAUCCCGUUCGGGUUCGUGGCUGAGUUCUGGACGGCGAUGGGCAGGUUCAUCCAGCGCCACCUGCGCAACACGGCUGAUGAUGGCGUGGACCAGAUCCACGACGCCCAGACCUUCAUCGCCUUCUUCUCGUGGGGAGCCGUGGUCCUGAUCGUCGACCAGUUCGAUCUCUUGAACAAUGCGGCCGAUCUGGUCAGGGACCAGUUCCUUGUCACACUGCGCGCCAUGCGCGAGUCCGAGGCCAGCCACGGCCUGCACGCCUUCAUCGGAGUCGGACCCUACAGCAUACUAAACCUCCAGGACCACCCCUCGUCUCCCUUCAACGCGUGCGAUGCGUUCGCCUUGCCGAUGUUCGAGCGCAACCACGUUCGCGAGCUGUUCAACCAGUACUCACGCGAGUCCAACGUCGAACUGGCCCCUGGGAUAGCCGACGCUAUCUAUGACCUCACCAGUGGGCACCCGGGCCAU